AUGCAGAAAAUCAAAGCGCUCACUCGCUCGACGAGCUCCAUACAGACGCCUGGCAGCGAUGUUGCUCGCCAACCUCGAAAUCUCGAUCCUGCUGUGCACCCAUUCGAGCGGGCACGGGAGUAUACGCGCGCACUUAACGCUACGAAACUUGAGCGCAUGUUCGCUGCACCCUUUGUCGCGCAGCUAGGGAGAGGCCAUGUGGAUGGGGUGUAUGCUCUAGCCAAAGAUCCUACAGCGCUCGAACGAGUUGCCAGUGCAAGUGGCGACGGAGUUGUGAAGGUCUGGGAUCUCCCUACGCAAAGCGAGGUAUGGCAGUCGCAAGCACAUCAAAACUUGGUGAAAGGGAUAUGUUGGACUCAGGACCAGAAACUGUUGAGCUGCGGGACAGACAGAUUUGUUAAAUUGUGGGAUCCCUACAACACUGCAAGUGGCAGCAAGCCAACAGCGACUUGGACAGGGCCAAACUCUUUCUCGUCGUUGACAAUGCAUAGACACGAGCGCAACUUUGCUGUCGCAGCCUCGUCAAGCGUACAAGUCUUCGAUGUCGACCAUCCUUCGGAUACACCACUUCAGAGCCACACAUUUACUGGCGCGAUCGAUACGAUUACCGAUCUGAAGUUCAACCAGUCCGAGACAUCUAUAUUAGCAGCAGUUUCAAACGAUAGCUACCUGACCUACUACGACUUGAGGACUUCUUCCGCUCUACACCGACAAAAGCUUCGCAUGGCUGGCAAUAGCAUCGCCUGGAACCCGAUCGAGCCUUUCAACAUUGCAGUGGGUAAGGAAGACCACGAUAUCAAUAUCUUUGAUAUGCGGAAUCCCAGCAAGGCCUUGAAUACCUUAAAAGACCACGUCUCGGCAGUUAUGUGCGUUGACUGGUCUCCUACCGGCCAGGAGCUGGUGUCCGCCUCGUACGAUCGUUCGAUUCGUCUUUGGACGCCACUGAAAUCUGGUCGCAGUCGCGAGCCAUAUCACACGAAGCGCAUGCAACGUGUUUUCUCGUGCACCUUUACAGGCGACUCAACUUACGUGCUUUCUGGGUCUGACGAUGGUAACAUUCGUCUCUGGCGUUCUAAUGCUAGUGAGCGGAAUGGUAUCAAGUCUGCAAGGGAGCGUCAAAAAUUAGAGUACGAUCAAGCUCUGAAGGAGAAGUGGAAGCACAUGCCGGAGAUUCGCAGAAUUGCCAGACACAGGCACCUGCCAAAGGUUAUCAAAAAGGCUGCCGAGAUUAAGACCGAAGAGCUCGCGGCGAUCAAGCGACGUGAGGAGAAUGAGAGGAAGCAUUCACGGGCUGGACAGAAGAAGAGACGAAGUGAGAGGGAGAAGGCUGUUGUGGCCGUCGAGCAGUGAUGAUCCACUGCGGACCUGAAUGCGAGUUCAUGCAUGGCGACGGCGUUUUGGCAGGGCUUUUUCAGGCGCUGGAUGAUACCACGAUACAG